AUGGCUGGAGAUUCCAGGAUCUUCAUGAACCAGGACAUGGACAUCGGAGUUACAUCCAGAGAGCCUAAGAAGAUUCCCAAACAGGCUCGGGAUGAUGUCCCCAUUGCCACCGACCGAACCCGCCUCAUAUCAGCAGAAGGUAAGAAGCCACGUCAGCGUUACAUGGAGAAAAGUGGCAAGUGCAACGUGCACCACGGAAACGUCCAAGAAACCUAUCGAUACCUUAGUGACCUCUUCACUACGCUGGUGGACCUCAAGUGGCGUUUUAAUCUUCUUGUCUUCACUAUGGUCUAUACCAUCACUUGGUUGUUUUUCGGGUUCAUAUGGUGGCUCAUUGCCUAUAUCCGGGGAGACCUGGACCACCUUGAAGAUGAGAACUGGAUCCCCUGUGUUGAAAAUCUCAGUGGAUUUGUUUCUGCGUUUCUGUUUUCUAUUGAGACUGAGACAACUAUUGGGUAUGGCUAUAGGGUCAUAACGGAGAAGUGCCCGGAGGGCAUCGUACUGCUCCUGAUCCAGGCUAUUCUGGGCUCCAUUGUCAAUGCGUUCAUGGUGGGGUGCAUGUUUGUCAAGAUCAGCCAACCAAAGAAGAGGGCUGAAACCCUCAUGUUUUCUAACAACGCAGUGAUUUCCAUGAGGGAUGAGAAGCUCUGUCUCAUGUUCCGGGUUGGAGACCUCCGCAAUUCCCACAUUGUCGAGGCUUCCAUUAGAGCCAAACUGAUUAAGUCCAAACAGACCAAAGAAGGAGAGUUUAUCCCUUUGAACCAAACGGACAUCAACGUGGGAUUUGACACUGGAGAUGACAGAUUGUUCCUGGUGUCACCUCUUAUCAUCUCACAUGAAAUCAAUGAGAAAAGCCCCUUCUGGGAGAUGUCCCGCACUCAGCUGGAGAAGGAGGAGUUUGAAAUUGUGGUCAUCCUGGAAGGAAUGGUGGAAGCGACAGGGAUGACUUGCCAGGCUCGCAGCUCCUACAUGGACACCGAGGUGCUGUGGGGACAUCGUUUCACUCCUGUCCUCACCCUGGAGAAGGAUUUUUACGAAGUUGACUAUAACAGCUUCCAUAGCACUUACGAGACCAACACUCCUGUGUGCUGUGCCAAAGAGCUGGCCGAGUCUCGCCGGGAGGGCCAACUCCUCAGCCACCUCCCCAGUGCCACCCUCCUGAGCGGAGGCAGAGAAGCGGAGCCAGCAAAAGGGGAGGAAGAAGAAGAGGAAGGAGGCAGGGAGCCAGCAGGAUUGAAUGGAGCCAACGGGACAGCGGGAGAGGUGAAAGAAGAUAUGCCUGUAUAA